UUACGACGUUCAUACAUAUACUGCUCCCAAAAACGUGUACGAGUAUUUUCAGCAUUCAAUAAUUCAGAUCCAGAGCAUACCGAUAAAUUGUUCAGUGAGAUAAAUCAUCUUCACACUACUUACAAAAUAUGCCGACCAUUUGGUUCAAAUGCUGUUGUGAUUGCCACAAUAAGUCGUGUAUUGAAGGCAGCCAUUGUGUGCAAAGGUGUACUUAUAGAAUGGAUAACUGUGAAGGGUUUCGACGAAACGUUAGAUCCGGAAGAUCUAUGGACUGAAUCUCGUUAUGAAGUUUUUCGUAAAGUGCAAGAUCAUGCACAUUCCGCCAUGUUGCACUUCUUUUCACCUACAUUACCCGAUUUGGCAGUAAAAAGUUAUAUGACUUGGUUAAAUAGUUACAGCAAAUUAUUCUUAGAACCGUGUAAGCGUUGUAGUAAAUACGUAUCUAAUGGCUUACCUCCCACCUGGCGUGAUUUACGUACUUUGGAACCAUUUCAUGAAGAAUGCAGAAAUUGCUAAUUAGAAACACGUUUUUCUGAUUUUAUUAAUUAAAAAUAACAAUAAAACUUCUUCAUUUCAUAUAUAACAGA